AAUAAAUCGCCAAAAUAGUUUAAUAUUUGGAAGGAAAUUGAAAUAAUAUUUUUCCAAAAAAGUGUUUGAAGGAAAACGGAAACUAACCUUUUUUUGUGGAGGAAAACGUUACCUAUCUAAUUUUUGGAGGGAAAUAGAUCCACCCCGCUCUUGCCAUUAUUUCCACGAGUGAAUGUUGUUUUCGUGUAUUAUGUGGGUAUGGCUUGACCCUCUAUUUAGUAUAAUAUGGUACGUAUUAUAGAUGGGUUAUUCCGGAUUCGGAAAGCCAAUUAAUAUUAUUACGUAAAACCCAUUUUUAAAAAUCCUCGAUAUAUAAUAUUAUCAUUUACAUCGUUUCUAGCACUAUGGAUGAUCGCCCACGACUAGUCUUUAUUUAUUAAUAUAUCCAACAGGUAGAGUACCUAUUACAACAAUGCUUGGUGUAUAGCCUUUAUAGAAAGUUUAUAUUGUCUUCUGCCGUUUCCACAACAACGGUUUUAUUGUUGUACGGGACACUAGUAUUAUAAUAUUUGAUUUUUUCCACUCCGGCAGGCAACCAUCGCAUCAAAAAGUACACGAAAUAUAAUACAAUUUACUAUAUAUUAACACCGAACAACAACGAACCACCCAUACAAACGGUCUCGUUAUAGGUUUCUGCAUCGUUAUUGAAAAACACAACGCGAGUAUGACGUAGGCAUUACCACCGACGUGGUAACGCCCGAUGGCUGAUUACGGGCGGCUCAAGUGGGCCGAAGACAAGCGGUGGACGAACUCCCGUAAGCGUGACACAUACAAAGCGUUGGCGGAAGCCAGCGGCCGAACCAACGAUGCUCAGUGGCUGGCGGACGAUGAGGCGACGGCCGAACGGCUGGCCGACGUCAAGCGGUCCACAGCCGCGCUGUACCGAGCGAUCGGCGCCCGGGACGACGUGGUGAGCCACCUGCUGCCGCACUCGCCACUCAAGGGGCGGGCCGCGUACUGUCGGAUGGAGUCAGCCGUGGCGGCCGAGCGGUCGCUGCGGGAAAAGUUGGUGCGCGGCCGGCACCAGUUGGACGAGUGCCGGCAUCGGGUGGCCAAGAAGACGGCGCGCCUGGCCCAAUUGAAGGCCAGCGUGGACGCGGCAAGGGCCUCGGUGCCGACCAAGCCACCACGGCAGCCACCGGUGUUGGAGUCCCCACUAAUUCUGGACAAGAAAGUGGACGCGCUAAAGCUUGGCAACCUGAAGGCGGCAAAGGCCCGCGACAUUAUCGCCAACAACACGGCCAUGAGGGACGCGCUCAACGAACAGUUAGCGUCUGACGUCCGCCAGCAGGCCACCGCCGUGGUCGAGUUGCUUGCAUAUGGUACGGCCGCAAAGCAGGAGGCGGUCACGUACAACAGGGAAUAUUGCAGGGUGGCGGGUGAGCACAAGAAUUCCGUUCGACGGAAUAACGCGAAGAGGCGCUUGCUCGAUGCGAGAAUAUCGGUACUGGAAUCGAACAGGAGAAAGAUGCUAAUCAAUCAAACACAAAAUGAUUCUGACGAGGACAUAGAAUUUGAUACCGAGGAUACUAUGCCAUCGAUUGUAUCUGAUUUGGAAACUUCAAAUAAACCAGGUGACAAAAACAUGAUGUUGUUGAAGGAUUGGAUCGACACCGGACAGAUGGAGAAACAAGUUUUUUCUGUGAAAGAAAAUGAGGAGCUGUCUAAUUCUUCCGAUGUGAUAGAUCCAACCGACAGCUUAACUUCGAUCACCACGGAUAGCUAUAUAUUUCCCGAAGAAAAGGUCAACCUAUAUAAGUUCAGAAAAGGUGAAACAAGCAGAGCAAUGGAAGCUGCGGAAUACGUAUGUGAAACGUUAAACUUCUCAGACAUAACAGAAGUACUGCAUUAUUUUAUGUCGGUAAAAAAUGUGGAGAUGCGUAUAAAAAAAAUGAUAAGCACGCGAAAACAUAUACUCGGGGUCGUUCAAAAGGACUUAGAAUCUGCGAUCGAAGUGAAAAUGGAUAGUUUGAAUCGUAUACCAGAAGCUAUUUUGAAGUUAGAUGCCGACAUUGAGUAUGUCCAGCGUGAGGGUUUAGACGUCCAGAAGAAACAAUUUGAUGAUGUCAACAGACAUAUCACAGGGUACGGUGUACUGUUCAAUGAACUUUGGUUCCAGUUGGAAAAUCUAGUUGAAAAACUCGAACGAUGUCACGUGCCAGUGGUGAGGAAAUACCAACUUCACAUGCGAAAUCCGGCCAAGAAGAACACAGAGGCGAUGAUGGACGCUCGUCAGAUGCUAGAGGGACUGCGCCUGAAACCUUGUACCAUCCUUGACGAAGACUGUACCACAGUCCACGAACCUUCGGUGGUCAAGUCGAUCGUCUCUGAACCCGGAUGCCGGAUGGUGGACUUUUCUGGCAAAAAUCCGGCCGUAGACGCAUGCCGAAAGUUGUCGGAAACACUUUACGCCAAGGUGAAGGCAUGCAUGGUGCACAUUGGUGGUGUCUUCGACUCCAACGACAAAAGUCAGCUGAUGGCCAGGGCGUGCUUCGCGUACGACCGACAGACCCAAUUACAAUGGGACACCAUCGCCAUCAAGGACCUGAAGCGCCAGACGCGUGCCAGCUUACAGCUCCCAGUGGGAAAGGCCAAAUCAUCUGCCACUGACACUAAGGCCACCGGUAUAAUGACUCGGGAGCAGGCCAAACAGCAGGCUGUAGACAUCGUUCAGUGGUGCAUCACGCCCAAGGACACGGACGACGCGAGAAGAACGAGAAAGCCCAUAUCGUUCCGGAAGUCCCGUAUCAUCGUGCCUGAACGAAAAAAAAAAUAACAUGUACGUAUAUAUAUAUAUAUAUCUGGUCGGACCCGCUACUAUUUACAGCUGUAUAGUAGACAAACUGCGAUCAUCUCGUUACUUUCUGUAACGCAAAAUAAUAAACCUCUUCCGUCGGAAUAACA